GCAGGUCUUUGGCCAUGAACCCCAUCCAGAGACCUGAGAUGUAUAUCAUCGGCGCUCAGCCGGUGUGCAGCCAGCUGCCGGCUCUCUGCCAGCUCUACCAGGAGCACAUGGUGUUCAUCGGGGAAGGGGCUCGCAGUGCCAUCAAGGAGUGCCAGUACCAGUUUCGGCAGAGGCGGUGGAACUGCAGCACGGUGGACAACACCUCCGUCUUUGGGAGGGUGAUGAAAAUAGGUAGCCGUGAGACUGCUUUCACCUACGCGGUGAGCGCCGCCGGGGUGGUGAACGCCAUCAGCCGCGCGUGCCGUGAGGGAGAGCUCUCCAGCAGCCGCACCGCGCGGCCCAAGGACUUGCCCCGAGACUGGCUGUGGGGAGGCUGCGGGGACAACGUGGAGUAUGGAUAUCGCUUCGCCAAGGAGUUUGUGGAUGCCAAGGAGAGGGAGAAGAACUACGUGAGAGGUUCCGAGGAGCAGGCUCGCAUGCUGAUGAACUUGCAGAAUAACGAGGCUGGUCGCAGG